AUGGCGUCCUCCUCCGACUCUGCUGCGAAGCCCUCGCCGACGUCGCCACCCGAGUCCCUCCAGGUCGUGGCACAGGAUAUCCUCGUUCUCUCCAUCCUCGCUCGGGAUGUCCGACCCAUCGAUCCCGUCGGCAUGCGGACUACUGGAGGGACCAAAGACUUGGGUAACCUCUCCUUCAUGAUGACUCCGGGCAGCAAACAAGAGGCAGGAGCGAGCGUCGGAGUCAUCGGGCGGAUGGACGGGGAGGGCUUGCACGCAGUCGUCAUGUUGCGCAACGCACAUUGUAACGACCCAAGCAAAUCUGAUAUCAAACCCAUCCCGGCCUCCACUCAGAGGGGUCGUGAACUGCUGAAACGCGGCUGGACCCGACCACAGAGGGACUUUUCCGACUAUGAUGCGUACAUGGUCGACGCAACCUCAGUCAUCCAGUACUUCUGUACUGGUAGCAGCGAUCGAGAAGAUAUUACCGCGGACUCCUUUACCACUUUCGCAUUUAUCGUAAGCCGCUGCUAUCACAAGUUGCAUGCCCGCAUGGAAAACGGCGACAAAGUCUGGGGUGGGAAGGCGGGCACUGAGUACAACCAUCCGUCGAGCUACAUCCGUCGAGCAUACGAGGGAACAAACCCACCAUCGGUCCCGGAGGCGUACUUCGACCUACCUCUACCCCUUGACAUUAUCAAGAACAUCCUCACUGGGCGGUGGGGCCUUAAGCCAUCCUCCCCCUCCGCAUCGAGCGAUUCCCCCCUACCUGGCAACACCGCUCGGAGCCGACGGUUCAAGGUCUCCAACGACAAUGCGAUACAGUGGUCGCGAGCAGUGCACGGGAAAUUCAGUAAGACUGGGAGGGUGUGUCCGGAUGUCGCCGCCAACGACCUCAACCACUCCGUCGCGAUCAACGAUGCGCUAACGCUCGUCGCGGCGGGCACGUUCGCGUCGACACCGACGUUCGCCUCCUUGGUGUCCGCGAUCAACGACGCGCGACUCGCCACGGGAAAGACUCCCGUUGGGUGCAUCAACCAUGCCCUGGACGAAUUUGCGGACGCGUUUAAUGACGUUGCCCUCGGCGGCAACCUAGGGUGCAACACGACGGGGUUCACGGCCUCGGGGGGAUGGGAUCGGGUGUCUAGCUUGGGUACGCCGGACUUGUGA